CACUGUCUCUCUCUCUCUAGCGCUCUCUUUCUCUCUCUAUCUCUCCUCAAUCCCUUACCUUUCUCUGUACCCCAUUAACCCUUUGUUUUCUAUUCGCUCUAGGGUUUGAAUUCCUGUUCAUUUCUCCCUUGUUUAAUCUCCGAUAAAAUAAUCAUCUCGUUUUUAAUACCCCAUAGUAAUCAUACUUUAUAUUUUUCUUUGUUUUCUGCUCCAUCUUUGUUGCUGUAUAUGGCUGGAUUAGAUUUAAGUUCUUCCUCUCACUUCCUCCACCACCUCCAAACCCCCAACCUCCACCUCCACCACCAGCAACCGGACUCCACCGAUGACAACUCCGGCGGCGACAACACCCCCAACACCGGCUCCGACGGCAUCAUGGCCCGCCGCCCGAGAGGCCGCCCACCGGGCUCCAAAAACAAGCCGAAACCGCCGGUCAUCAUAACCCGGGAGAGCGCGAACACUCUCCGGGCCCACAUACUGGAGGUGGGGAGCGGUUCCGAUGUGUUUGAGGCGGUGGCGGCCUACGCGAGGAGGCGGCAGCGCGGGGUCUGCGUGCUGAGCGGGAGCGGCACGGUGACAGACGUCACGCUGCGGCAGCCGGCCGGGGCCGGCGGCGGCGCGAUCGUCACCCUGCGGGGCCGCUUCGAGAUACUCUCGCUCUCGGGAUCGUUCCUGCCGCCGCCGGCCCCACCGGGGGCCACUAGCUUGAGCAUAUAUUUAGCCGGAGGACAAGGUCAAGUGGUUGGAGGGAAUGUGGUGGGGGCUCUGAUUGCUUCGGGUCCUGUCAUAGUGAUUGCAGCUUCUUUUACAAAUGUAGCCUACGAGAGGUUACCAUUAGAUGAAGAUGAGCCACUUCAAUUUCAAGGUUCUGCCGGUGGUAGCGGCGGUGACGGUGGCGGCGGCAGCGGCGGCAAUCCGUUUCCGGAUCAGCCUAUGGGGCUACCUUUUUUCAAUCUGCCGAUGAAUAUGCCUCCUUAUUGACCUAAUUUUCGGUUCAUCAUCGUCCGACUGUUGCUGAGCAGUUUUGGGAUAUCAAAUGGAUCUCUCCGGAAGGUGCAAAGGUCAGAUUUGUCACUAGAGCUUCGUCUUUGACUUGUACAAUUAGGGUUUUUUUUUCUUUUUCUUUUCUGGGUUUAUGAUUUGUGGAAAAUUCUCUUAUUAUUGUUGUUGGUGUUUCUCUUUGUUGGACUAGUGACUUUGGUUAAUCUUAAAAUGUUUUCAGGUUCAUUUUUUUGGGGGGGAAAAUACUCUCCCUUUUUUUUGUUUUUUUGAACGGUACUCUUCCUUAAUUUAGCAAUUUGCUUCAAUGGAU